CCGAGCUUGGCGUGGGAGUUCCAUCAGGAUACGGGGCAGCCAGGGAACGCUGGUCCCUUCCAGGAGGGACAAACGAGCGCGGCCGAGCAGCCUGGGAGUCUGCGAAGUCCGGAGUCCGGAACCUCGAAGCACAGGUCAUGGCCACGUCAGACCACCGGCAGACAGAGGACCAGCCGCGGUCAGACGAGGACUGGGUCUUCUUGCAGUACGAUGGCGACGGAGUCGAGGAGCGAGUUGGUGAUGCCAAAAGCGAGAAGGCAAACCUUUGGAGUGCAGCUGAGCGGUCCAAGAGCCCCCAAGCUACAGAAAAACGCACGGAGUUGCAUACCUCGGCGUCCAACGAGGGUAGCUUCCGCAGCGCCAGCUCGGAUGUCUUCCGCGGCUCCUUACCUGAAAUUCCGGGCAUGUACCUGUUCCCAGGGUUCUGCGAGCCGUCGCGGGAUGACGUUAACCCUGUUCGAGUCCUACGGACCAGCGUAAAGCGCUUCACGCGGGUAGUGCUCGGCGCUGCCGUAUUUUCCGGCGCGGCGCGCUUUCUCUUCUGGUCGGCGGCGAAGGCGAGCGAAGUCAAGCGACCGGAGAUGCUCUAUCUGUUGCUUGUGCUGGCGUUGAUGAGCCUGGUUACGCUACUGGCGAAUUUCGUAACUUGGUAUUCCGAGUUGCGUGCCGCUGAAACGGAUUUGAACUGCCUCUCGGACUGGAACAUCUGUAAUCUCUCGCGCUACCAGGGGUUCAUGGAGAUACUGCGUGUGCUCACAUACAUUGGCAUAAUGUUGCUGGCCAUUUCGAUGCAAUUCAUUUACAUCGAUGUCGAGGCCACGUGGCGCACACUUUUGCUCCACUUCCGAGAUCUCUAGACGACGCAGUUUGACGCAAUCCACGUGGCCAUAAAAGAAUACCACGCGGAAGGACAUCCACCGACUCGCGAGGAGUGGACGGCGAACUACGUCAUCAGCAAAGCGCUGCUGCAGUGGAUCGUGCAAGUCCUGUCAUCGGACGGGCGUUGACUCGACGGUGCUUGGUACGCAUUUACAAAAAUUAAAAAUUAGAAUUCGGGCAUAGCGCAACUACGCAUCUACGAUUACUAUCCAAGUAUG